AUGGCCGCAGCCGCCCGCACCUACCUCGCCUUCCAGCACAACGCCAAACUCCACACCCUCAAGACCAUCGUCACCGCAAUCCGCCCCUUCACCGACCUCGAAGAAUCCAACCGCCAGCUCUUCAAAGAUGGCAGCGACCAAGACCACGUCGUCGUGACGGAGCAGACCAUCUUCCACCCCCAAGGCGGCGGCCAGCCCUCCGAUGUCGGCUCCAUGACGACAUCGUCAGGCGCGUCAUUUUCGGUCAACUCGGUGCGCAUGGACGGCGUGCGCGACGGCCAGGUGCUGCACUUCGGGCGUUUCAGCGGCGCGAACGCGAUGUUCAAGGAGGGCGAUGAGGUGGAGCAGGCGAUUGACGUCGAGAAGAGGCUGCUGUACUCGCGGUACCACACUGCUGGGCAUGUCCUCGGCGCGGCGGUGCGGCAUCUGCUGGAGAAGGAGGUCGAGGGCUUCGAUGAGCUGAAGGCGUCGCAUUUUCCGGACUCAGCGAAUUGCGAAUUUCAGGGGCUGAUUGAUGGGAAGCACAAGGACUCGAUCCAGAAGAAGGUUAAUGAGUUCUUGGAUGCGAAGAUGCCGGUCAAGGUUGACUUCUGGGAUGAGGAGGACUUCAAGAAGCGGGGACUGGAGAGGCUGAUUCCGGACAGGAGUCUGGCCCCGCCUGGGGAGAAGUUCAGGGUUGUUGAGAUUGUGGGCGCGGAGGUGUAUCCUUGCGGAGGAACGCAUGUCGAUACGACGGACUUGUGUGGUGUUACGACGGUGAGGAAGAUCUCCAGGAGUAAGGGCAAGUCAAAGGUCAGCUAUGCGGUGUCUGCGGAGGCACCAGCCCAGUCAUAG